AUGCGUGAACCGUUUGCUCUUCCCCGCACAUCCAGGGGUUUUGCUCAGCGUAAGGUGACCCCCGCUUGUGGGUGGAAGCCCCCCGACUGUGACUACUGCCGCGUGAUGCGCUGGAGACAUGGCUGUCCUCGUUGGUGCGCAUUUGUUGUUCAAGCUGGGUGACCCUGUUCUCGAGUACGCCCGCUUGAAUAUUCAGUUGCGGUGGUGGUGUUGAGUCGAGAGGGGAACAUACCGAGGCGGUUGAUUGAGAGUUUGCUGAACGCAGGUGGUUUGCUUCAUGUUUGCGGGCACGCAUUUUAGAAGUCAUGAACGUUUGCGACGCGUCCUCUCUAAUCAUCUCUACCCUGAUGUCUGGUGGGAAACCGUUCUCAAACGAUGCAAUGAGUGCUUUGUCAAGUGCGUGUUCGUGAACAGACAUGUUGGGUGGUGCGGUCCGUUCGGCUUCGGCAAGAAGUCUAGAGUAGGUUCGUGAGACUCUAAUCGAAAACAAAUCGUCACUCUCAUUAGGGCUCGCUUGGAGCGUCAUGGCCUCGCGUGCGAGAAGCGCAAUUCUGUUCGCAGGCGCAAAGAGAGCAGUCAUAGCAUUAACCCAUUGUUUCCAGGUUUUCGGAGGAGAGAUAAUGACUCUUUCACCUCGUGCACGAACUGCGGCUACUUGCUGUUCCGACCACCACUCCAAGCUUGAGCUUUGAAUGAGAUCAAGCGUUUGUGCCGCGGCGCCUUUCGUUAUGAGGCGGAAGUUCUUGAUGGCCCUA